AUGGACUACCAGGACGUGUACUGCGAGAAUGCGCUGAUCAACUAUGCUAGGCCUGAUCACCGACAACAACGAGACAGGGAGGAAGUCAGAGACCUGGCCGACAACAACCUCUCCCUCAGCGUGAUCAAGGAGAUGGAGAUGAUUGUGGACUACAGGAAAAAGAGGACCGAGCAUGCCCCCAUUCUCAUCGACGGGGCUGCAGUUGAACAGGUUGAGAGCUUCAAGUUCCUUGGUGUCCACAUCACCAACAAACUAACAUGGUCCGUCGUGUACACCAUGACCGUCGUGAGACUGCCUGUCUCUGAGCCUGCCUGUCUGCCUGCAGGGGCGCUGUGCUACGCGGAGCUGGGCACCAUGAUCACUAAGUCUGGAGGGGAAUAUGUGUACUUGAUGGAGGCCUAUGGCUCAGUGAUGGCCUACCUCUACUCAUGGAGCACCAUCAUGGUCCUAAAGCCCUCCUCCUUCGCCAUCAUCGCCCUGAGCUUAGCAGAGUAUGCCUCCACGCCGUUCUACCCAGGAUGCACUCCUCCCAUUGUGGUCACCAAGUGCCUGGCUGCAGCGUGCAUAUUUAUGAUCGUGUUGGUGAACUGUCUCAGUGUGAAGCUAGCCAGCUAUGUCCAGAACUUCUUCACUGCAGCCAAGCUUCUCAUCAUCCUGGUCAUCAUAGUGGCGGGCAUUGUCCUCUUGGCACAAGGAAACACUGAGAAUCUGUCCAACCCAUUUGAAGGAGCCUCAACCUCCUUUGGAUCCAUUGGACUGGCGUUUUACAACGGGCUCUGGGCCUACGAUGGGUGGAAUCAGCUGAACUUUAUAACAGAGGAGCUGGAAAACCCAUAUAGAAACCUUCCCCUGGCCAUUAUCAUUGGUAUUCCCUUGGUGUCUGUGUGCUAUGUGCUGGUCAACAUUGCCUACUUCAGCGCCAUGACCGCUACGGAACUACUACAGUCUCCCGCUGUUGCUGUGACUUUUGGUGACAGAGUGCUGUACCCCCUGUCGUGGGUAGUCCCUGUGUUUGUCGUCUUCUCCACCUUCGGAGCGGCCAAUGGGAGCUGCUUCACAGCCGGCAGGUUGACCUAUGUGGCAGGAAGAGAGGGUCACAUGGUAAAGAUAUUGUCCUAUAUCAGUCUGAAGCGUUACACUCCUUCCCCUGCCCUCAUCUUCAAUGGUAUUCUGGCCGUAUUCUACAUUAUCCCAGCAGACAUCAACACCCUGAUCAACUACUUCAGUUUCGCCCAGUGGGCUUUCUACGGCCUCACAGCUCUCGCUCUCAUCGUCAUGCGCUUCACCAGGAAGGAACUCAAGAGGCCCGUCAAGUGUCCCAUUCCCAUAGCAGUGCUGGUGGUGAUAGUGUCCUGCUACCUGGUCCUAGCACCGAUCAUAGACAAGCCAGAGCUGGAGUAUCUGUACUGUACCAUCUUCAUCCUCAGCGGUCUGCUGCUCUACUUCCCCUUCGUUCACCGCAGGUUCAGCUGGACACGCAGGGUCAUGAGGCCAAUCACCAUGCACCUCCAGCUGCUGAUGGAGGUCGUUCCUCCUGAGAAAAACGAAUAGAGGAAGAUAAUAAACAGCCUAAACUGACUGAUGUGGACAAAUGUAUUUGUGCAUCCCAAAUGUUACCCUUUUCCUAUGUGGUGCACUACCCCAUAGGCCCUAGUCAAAGGUAGUGCACUACUUAGGGAAUAGGGUGCCAAUUGAGACACAAAUUUAGAAAUGAAGGUUCUGUACUGUCUCAUAAUGAAGGUUCUGUCCUGUCUCAUAAUGAACCUUCUGUACUGUCUCAUAAUGAACCUUCUGUACUGUCUCAUAAUGAAGGUUCUGUACUGUCUCAUAAUGAAGGUUCUGUACUGUGUCAUAAUGAAUGUUCUGUACUGUCUCAUAAUGAACCUUCUGUACUGUCUCAUAAUGAAUGUUCUGUCCUGUCUCAUAAUGAAUGUUCUGUACUGUCUCAUAAUGAAUGUUCUGUACUGUCUCAUAAUGAAUGUUCUGUCCUGUCUCAUAAUGAAUGUUCUGUACUGUGUCAUAAUGAAUGUUCUGUACUGUCUCAUAAUGAAUGUUCUGUCCUGUCUCAUAAUGAAUGUUCUGUACUGUGUCAUAAUGAAUGUUCUGUACUGUGUCAUAAUGAACUAAUUGACUAGAUAUAGGAGGUCAAUGGCUGCAUCUCAACUCACACACUAUGGUCCCAUUGGUCUGUGUCUCAAAUCACACCCUAUGCCCUAGGGAACGGGGCACCAUCUCAAAUCACACCCUAUGCCCUAGGGAACGGGGCGCCAUUGGAUGCUUCUCAAAUCACACCC